CCUAGCGAGCCGGUAUUUUCAACUGAAGUCAGGACAUGCAGCUGUUGGAGCAUACUUGCAUUAGAUCCGGGUCUAGGAGGAUGCAACCUGUGAAGGAUGUGGUAGAUCAAGGGAGACAAACACCAUCUUCUCUUUGAAUGUCGGAAAUGGCGACAUUAACGAAACAGGCUCUACAAAGACCUAGAGACAGACAGAGUCAUGAGACCCACUACUGCAGAAGAAUAUCCACAAGGACGACUCCUAGGAGAGCCCAAAGCUACAAGGGCAUUUCUACAAUUCCUAGCCAGCACCAGUGUAGCUCUACCCCGGGCGCACCUACAGUGGAUGACAGAAAGGGCCCGAAGAGAAGACGAAUGGGGACUGGAAACAUUGGAGGAGGCGAUUAGGACAGGAGAAGGGUAGCAGGGAGGGUAGCCUAAGCUGAGAGUCAGCCUAGGCCACACCCAUCCUGCUCUGAAACACAAAGGAGAGCACUGUGCUCGAAAGCCCUGCGCAUACAGGCGGCUUGGGGCGAGGAAAAGGAUUAGAAAGAUUAUAGAAGGGGGCCCGAUUGCCUAAGGAACUCAUAGGGACAAGAGACUGCAGAAUAGCUGCUGGCCUCGAGUCCAUAAAUCACGGUCUGUCAUAGCUCUAGGGCUCGGUAUGGACAAUAAACAUGAUUAAAUAAUAAUAAUAACUGGCGGGU